CAAAACACCAGCGGCAAGGGAGACAGCCCUAUUUAUAGCUAUACAACCAUUUAAAAUACAAAUAUUUCCAUCUUCUCUGAGCCUGAAGACUAUGAUAGAAAGAUAAACAUGAUAAAGACAUUUUGAAAUAGAAGCUGUUUACCUGCCUGCUUGAUGUCUAUUCAUCCUAACCUUUGUAUAUAGCAGAGAGGAGGACAAGAUGUCUGCUGCUCUUCCACUCAUCUUCAUGACCCAGUGGAUGUUGAUAAUCAUGCAGUUGUGUGUUGGCUGGCACUACACAGACUACGUGAAUGGGUCAGCCAUUGAAAACUUCUCCUGUGUGAUUUAUAACAUUUCCCUCAUGAAGUGCUCUUGGCAGGCAGGCAGGGAUGCUCCAGGAGAUACCCAAUAUUUUCUCUACUGGAAGAACUCAAGAGAUGGUGAUGUGAUGGAAUGUGAGCUUUACAUUAAAGAUGAAAAUGGAAGAAACAUGGGAUGUAGAUUCCAAAAUGUGACAAUAGAGCUUGAAAAAGCUUACUUCCUGGUGAACGGGUCUAGCAAAGAAACACCGAUCCAGUUCUAUGAUGAGUAUGUUGAACUGUAUCAAAUUGAAAAGCUCAUGCCUCCAUCAAAUAUCACUGUCAGCUGUGAUGAAAUUAACAAUAAUUGCAUAAUUCAAUGGCAACAACCUCAAAUAAGUCAUUCUAACAAAGACAAGUGUUUUAAAUAUGAAAUCAACAUAAAAUAUAAGGAUAAUCCUGAGGGAAAAAACAAAUAUACAUCUAUACAAGAAGGGGGAAAUAGUCACACAUUUCAAAGAUCCAAUACAAGAAAGAAAUACCUCUUGAAAAUGAGAGCAGCUGGCAGUGCCUGCCUUGUGAGCCCAGCUUGGGGGGCGUGGAGUGCACCUGUUGAGUUUGGAAGUGAAGAAAUUAUUUCUUACUCAGUAUGGAUUUUACUUGUGGUAGCAGUUGUGACGCUCUUAGUGGCAGUCGCCACAAUUUUGUUCUGCCAAAGGACUGGCUGUUGGAAAGCUGCAUUUUCACAAAUCCCAGAGCCAAAAAAUGCAUUUCAUGGCCUAUCUGAUACAAAUCCAGAGCUGAUGGAGCGCAAAAUUCAGUCAAUAACAUCUGAAAAUGAAGAGAUAAUAUUAGUUACUGAUGUAAUGAAAUAACCAAUAAAAACUGAGGAAUUUGAAAAUGCA